UCCAAAGUCGAUCGCCAGACACGGCGCCCGUCCUGCGAACUACUCUCAGCAGGACUACUUCAACGAGUUCGGCACGGUCGUCGACGCCAUCGCGAACGACCCCCAAGUCCCGACGCGCAACAACCUCGUCGCGCCCAGCGUGAACAGCGGCCCGUGGUCACCAGAGUCGGUGUGGGACACGGGCUUCGUCUCCGCAUACAGCGGCGCGCUCGCCGCGCUCGCCGUCGAGCAGUACGUGUAACCCUUCCCGCACUCGAACUUCUCCUCCUUUCCCAUCUUUCGCCGUUCGCCGCCCGCCCGCCCCUCGCUGAAAACCUCUCUCUCGCCCGCCAGCUACCCGGACGACAACUGCGCGGCGGCGUUCCCCGACGCGGGCUUCGGGCCGCCGAAGGACCCGCAGACGGUGUUCGCGAACUACCUGAACCACACCGCGGGCGUGAGCCUCGUCGCGCCGUACCUGAACUCGACGGCGUUCGCGCAGGCGAGCGGGAAGCCGUUCCUCAUGUUCGAGACGAACACGGCCUCGUGCGGCGGCUUCCCCGGCGUCUCGGACGCGUUCGGCGCCGCGCUCUGGGCCGCCGACUACGGCCUCCAGAUGGCGUACAGCAACUUUUCCGGCGCGCUCCUCCAUGUCGGUGGGGAGGACGACACGUACAACCCGUUCACGCCCCCGCCGACGAACAUGAGCGGCACGCUCGGGUGGACCGUCGGGCCCGUCUUCUACGCCGCCGUCGUGCUCGCCGAGGCGCUCGGCACGUCUGGCACCGCGCAGGUCGUCGACCUCGCGGCGAACGCCGCCGACAUCUUCACGCCCGCCUACGCCGUGUACGAGCGCGGGCAGCUCGCGCGCCUCGCCCUCUUCAACUACGUCACGGACCCGUCCGGCGCGAGCGCGUACACCGCGAGCGUCGCCUUCGCCGACGGCACCGCCGUCCCCCAGGAGGUGUCCGUCAAGUACCUCGCCGCGCCGUCCGUCGCGGAGAAGACGAACAUCACGUGGGCCGGCCAGACCCUCAGCGGCGUGUUCCAAUCAGACGGCCGCCUCAGCGGCCCCGAGACGAUCGAGCGCGUGCCGUGCGACGCGGCGAGCGGGACGUGCAACAUCACCGUGCCGGCGCCAGGCCUCGCGCUCGUGUUCCUCGCGCCCGCCGCGCUCGCCGCCGUCGAGCCGUCCGCGACGGAGACGUUCGCGACGACGACCGUCACGGGCCACGCCGGCCUCUCCGUGCCCGCGUCCGUGCUCGCGACGUCGAACGGCCACAGCGGCGCGAGCCGCGCGCAGACCGAGGGCACGAGCAAGGAGAGCAACGCCGCCGCCGCCGCGCGCGGCGCGCGCCUCGGCGUGGGCACCCUCCUCGCAGCGGUCCUCCCGGCCGCCGUGCUCGUCCUUCGGUUGGCGGUGCGGACUUAGCCGUUGGGAUGUUUGCACGGACUCGGACAGACGAUGGGGCACUGAUGAGCUUGUACACAGAUGGGACUGCAAUCAGACAUUAUUUAGCAUAGCCCUCGACCUGUGAUGAUGUAGACCUUCAAACAGGGAACGACGUGCACAAAGACAGAGUAUAUGCAAGAUGUAUAGGAUAUCGCGUUGCAAAAUGUCCGUGGAAGGUAUCUAACAAGACAAAUACUUUGCAUAGAGAGAACAAUUAGGAAUUAAAAUCCAGGUCCGUACACUCACUCUCCUCGCUCUGUGGCUAUGCAUUAAAGGAGAACAGUCCGCUCAUGAAGAGAAAGUCUUGAACACGAUGCACACGGAGGCAAGCACAGCGAGCACCGCUGUCAGGCUCGGAACGACACCCGCGGCAUGGCCGGCGCCGCUGCUGCCCUUGCUCGUGCUGCCCAUGAACCUGUCCUUGCCGGCGUGGCCGUUGGACGUCUCGAUCACGGAUGGGUUGAUGAGCGCGGUGUUGAGCGUCUUCGUGACGGCCGUCGUCGAAAAGGUGACAGUCGCCGCGGGCUCCGAGUCCUGGACGGCGCUGUCGGAGACGAAGACGAGGGCGAACCCGGGUGCAGGGACGUUGAUCGUGCAGGUGCCCGCAUUCGUGUCACAGGGCACCGUCUGGAUCUGCUCCUCACCCGAGAGGCGGCCGUCGGCCUCAAACUGACCUCCCAAAGUUUGUCCGGCCCAGGUAAUAUUGAACAUCUCGCUGACUGAAGGUGCGAGCAGGUAUUUAACCUUCACCUGCGAGGGCGUCGACGCCGGCUGGCCAUUGCCACCACCGACUUGGAUAGCAACGUCGAGUGCCAUCGCACCGGUGGGGUCGUCCAUGUAGUUGAACAGGGCUACACGCGCAAGUUGGUCGUUCUCGUAGAUGGCGUAUGCAGGGGUCAAGUCGCUGUUGCUGUUCGCGGACAGGUCGACGACACGUGAAGUGUUCGUGUUGCCGAGAAUCUCGGGCAUGGCCAGAAGGGAGUAGAAGAUGGCGCCAACGGUCCACUGGUGGAAGGUCGACUGGUUCGUAGGCGGCGGAGUGAAAGGGUUGUAGUACACGUCUUGUCCACCAACGUGGAUAAGAGCAUGUGUCAAGUUGCUGUACACCAUUUGCAGACCAUAGUCGAGUGCCCAAAGCGAGAUACCGAAGACGUUAGAGAUACCCGGGAAGCCACCACAAGAAGCCGAGUUCGUCUCGAACAUGAUGAACGGCAGCUGGUAUUGCUGGGCGACGAGCGUCGAGUUAAGCAAGGCGCUGCAGAUGGUCUUACCCGACUGAUGCGACAGAUAGUUCGGGAAGACGGUUGGCGGGUAAACCGGCGUUCCAAAGCCCGCGUAGAUAGCAGCACAAUUGUCGUCAGGGUACCUUUCAACGCUAAGGGCAUACAGCGAAUCGACGUAGUUCGGCAAGAAGCCAGUAUUCCAGGUGUCCUCAAGAGUCCACUCGCCUGGGUUCGCCAGAGCCAAACUAGGACCGAUCAUGGUCUUCUUCUGGGGCACGUUGGCAUCGUUGUUGAAGGCAUCCAACCAUUGACCGAAUUCCUCGUAGUAAUCCUGGGCGUCAUAUCCAUCCGGACGAUGCUUAUGCUGGGCGUAAAGAUCGGGUUCGUUGCCGAUUUGGAAGCCAAGCAAGUUGCUGCCGAUGAUACUUUCGCCGUGCUCGACGAUCUCCAUAUGGAUAUUUUCCGUAUCGUUGAAGGGUACACCAAGGAACCACUUGAUGUUGACGAGGCUUGAAAUGUUUGCCAUCGUGUACAACAUUUCAUCAGUGAAGAUGAGUGUUGGCGUACCCGUAGGGUUGUUCGUGUCGAUAGCCUCUUUUUCGAUCAUCUUGCCAUCGGGCGUGCUCGUAACCAAUGUUGCAUAGUCCUGGGUGUUACCGCCGACACGAAUGACGACUUGACCGGCGCGCUCGGUGAGCAGGGACAUGAGGUUGAGGAAGGGGACGCUGAGGAAGGACCUGUGCGGGGGAGUUCAGGCAACCAUCGGGAACAGGAAAGACGACGCGUACGCAUUCACACCAACUGGUCACGACGCUAACGUCAGUAGGUUGUCGCCACGACUUACUCGCGCUACUCACACACUUGCGUCACAACGGACUGUUCAAUCGAAAGACCGUAAAAUGAGGCGGCCGCGGGGAUGCUCAGUCCGUUGACCUGGUUGGCCUGGGGCAUCACAUUUAUACCGAAUUGAUUGGCAGGUGGUGGACUUGGUAUGGCGGGAGGAGGCCAUGUCGUGGGAUCAUAGGCAGCAAGGCCGGUGUAAUUCCCUGUCGUGGACGCGGUGGCAGCAGACGCAGAAGAGGUGGAGGUCUGUGCGGCCAGAGGAAACUGGUCGUAGACGGUAACAGCGCGGACGGCCGCGAGAGAGCAGAGAGUGUAAACAAGUAAGGAACGGAAGGCCGCCAUGUCGGCCUGAGGGUCGUCGUCGACGGAGCAGGCGUCGAGGUCGGUGCCAAGAUAUUUCGCUUGGGGUUGUAUUAUUUGGGUACGGAGCGCGUUCCAUAUAUGGUAAUAUUGGCGCCAAUUACUUGCGUCGCUCCUACGUAAGCUUAUGAGCGGGCAAUGUUGAACUCGCCGUCGAUCUUCUUGCAAUCUGGACGCACAUGAAUGCAUGAAACUCGCAGCGUGCAUGAAGAGUUCUAUCUGCUGAGUGUACUGCAGAAGAUGUACGGAGGAUGCGUCACGAGGUAUAACUCAUGACGACCGUUCUUCUUCCUAUCAUACCCUCAUCACAUGACAACAAGCCAGCUGCUAGCAUAAAUAGUACAAUGCAACGAAUGGCUGUCGCUUUGGGAGCCCUCUGACGAAGCAGGUUGCUCGCAAUGUUGCGCACAGCUUUUACGACGCUCCUUGUCGUAUCUUACCUCGCACGAGCUUACGCUCAGACAUGGUGUGGGAAAAACUACAUGGCAGGUUCGCCUGUGAUCCCUCCUGGAGGCCAGUUCCCAAUCUCGGCGACAUCUUCGUCGCCUCUGCUAGCCUUCCGCUGCGCACCCGCCAUAAAGCCAUACCUCCCUGAAGACGUCCCCACUCUCUCGUCGUUCAUUAUAGACACACCCAUCACGAAAUCUGAAAUUACCGGCGCCGCGCCCAUCUCCCUGCCCGGGCAUGGCAGUCUAGGGUCGGUAGCUGUAACAGUCUCGGUCGAUGGUCGCUCGCUUGCCACUGGCGUCGUUCCUCUCAAUGCGACCAAGUUCGAGCUUCCAUUUUCCCUGGCCGGAUUCUCGCCGCGCGCGGAGGCAUACAAUGUCACCUGUACCGCCGAGUAUUCCUCGAGUUCCCUCAGCAAACCUCAGCAGUUCUCGACCGGCGCAGCACUUUCGUUGCUGCCAGACCCGCCCGCCGGACGCUCGGUCACGAAGAUGGAUCUGCGCACUGGCGCGCUGCUUGCAAAACCAGCUACCGGAAAUGGCGGCAGCUAUGAGACUGUCUUCCCAAUUGGGUUUUAUACCAAUUUUGCCGGUUACUUGGACAGCAAUCUGACGCUGCUGAAUGUACUCAAAGAGCAAGGUUUUACGGUUCAUCCUGUACCUACCUUUGACAACUUGACAGCGCUGGAUCUUAUCCUUGAUCGCAUGCAAGAGCUUGGUCUCUACCUGAUGUACGACAUGCGCUGGACGUACAUGAACGAUACUGCGGUUACGGAAGAGGUCAAUCGCAUCAAAAAUCGUCCAAACUUGCUGCUUUGGUACACCGGUGACGAGCCAGAUGGGACUUCAGACCCUUUGAACGCUACAUCGCAUGCUUACGACCUCAUCUAUUCACUGGAUGGGUACCAUCCCGUCUCAUUGGUUUUAAAUUGCGAAGACUACUUCUGGACUCAGUACACUUCGGGUUCGGACAUUGUCAUGCAGGACACCUACAUGAUAAGCAACAAUGUGACCUUCUCGAAUCAAUGGGAGACACCCUGCACCCUAGACUACGGGUGCUGCGGGUGCGACGACUGUAAGGGCAAUUUUGAAGAUAUUAGCACGCGCAUGGACGACUUCGCCGAGCGUCUCUGGGACAACGGGUGGGACAGGACGAAAGCCGUGUGGACCGUCCCACAGGCCUUCGGUAACGAUACGUACUGGACGCGCCAACCGACAGGCAAAGAGUACAUUGUGCAAGCCGUGCUGGGCAUCAACCAUGGCGGGCUCGGCGUCGUGGCGUGGAACGACCCAACGACGCCCGAGAUCAAGGCCUCUGCGAGCGCACUCGCCCUGGCACUACCGACAAUGCAAGACUUCAUCUUGAGCCCCUCGGCGUCCUUCGCACACGUCUCGAGCGGCCAAGUCGACGUCGGCGUGUGGACCGUCGGCGCGCGCUCCCUCGUGCUCGCAACGAACCUCAACUAUGCGGAGGCAACGCUCCCUCUGGCAAGUGUCCCUGGUGUCGAGGGCAAAAGCGUGCAGCAGGUGUUCGAUAGCGGGGCGAGCUUUGCUGGCGGGAAGUUUGUGUUUGAGUCCACGGGGACGGGCGGGUUCAUUGUUUCGUGACUCCAUGAUGAACUGUAAUGUCCUUCCGCACAAUGGCUCUAAGAAUGAUGACUCCGAAACAUACUUGCCCGUCCUGUACUCUUCCCACUGUUGUCAUUGUCAUGGACUUCUGUCUCUGUCCCUACCCGUAGAUUCUGUUAUCCAUACAACUCUCACAUGAUACAUAUAUGUCAAAUCUGGUAGCUAGAUAUACAAUGCUUCCGAUUCC